AUGGCCUCCCUGCAGACCUUGACCAAGAGCUUCUCAGGAUGGGUCUUCUUCUGCUGCUGUUGCUGUCUCCCGCUUCUUCUCACCAGCCCUCUGCCUCCAAAAGGGGCAGGAUUGGCUUCUACCACACAUCAGAGCUGCAGGCUCAGGAAGACAAACUUCCAGCAACACUACAUCAGGAAUCGCACCUACACCUUGGCUAAAAUGGCCAGGGUCUCAGACGAGGACACGGAUAAUAGGCUCAUUGGGCAGCAGAUCUAUGUUAACGUCAAGGAAAACAACCGCUGCUACAUGAUGAAGAGGAUUGCGGAGAUUGUAGUGAAAGAUGUCCUCCUCACCGAGGUCAAGCACCAGUACCCCUACGUUGAGGAGGUGGCACAGUUCUUGGCAUCUCUGACCUCGGAGCUGAGCAGAUGUAAAUUCUCAGGACACAGGGAGCACAUUGAAAAGAACCUGGAAGAAAUGAAGAGUAAAAUGAAACAGUUGGGAGAGAAUGGAAAGACUAAAGCCAUUGGAGAACUGGAUUUACUGUUUGACUACCUAGAAAAUGCCUGUACUGAUGCCCCGAAGAAGGGAGGGAACAAGAAGAAAAACUGAAAGAAUUUCAGAUCAGGCUUGAAGAGAUAUCUCCAAAAAACUCUUGCUAUAACUCAAAUUGAUUAAUUAUUGCAGACCACCCUCCCCCUAUAGAUGCAGUAUAUUUUUCACUUGUGCCAAAACUAGCAAACUAAGUGGGCGCAGCCAGGACGCAUACUGCUGUCUUUGAAAAUGAAAACUCCAGGACAGUGUUUGCAGCUCCAU